AUGGUCGUUGGGUACUGCCAGGACUGGCACUUUUGUAAUGGCCGUUUUGAGGGUUUCAAACGCUUCCUGUUGCUCCUGUCCCCAUGUCCACUCGGCUUGUCCGGUGAGUUUGGUCAUAGGUUGGGAGAUGGCAGCAAAAUCCUUUAUGAACUUUCUGUAGAAAUUUGCGAACCCCAAGAAUUGUUGAAUGUCCUUUUUGUUGGUUGGCGUUGGCCAUUGCGUGACACCUUGGACCUUUUUAGGAUCCAUCUGAACGGUUCCUUGACCAAUAAUAUGACCUAA